CACACGAGGUCAAUCCGAAUGCUCUCUCUUCCGUGUCAUGCUAUUAGCUUGUUGUUUAAUGUAGAUGAGAUCUGUCGGGUGGAUAAAAUACGACUAACAUAAAACAUUUCGGUGUCACGUAAUGUGUAUGUUAAUGUGAAAUGUGUAUGUGUGCCUAGCUAUUUCUUACAUUUUUGAAACAAACUUUUCUACCUGCGGGUUUCUUCGCAUCUACACACGGUGUGGUUAUUGGGGUGCCGUCUGCACCAUCAGCUGUGAGUGAAGGUAGAAAUAUAACUGCCUUGCUUCGGUUUGGUUUGACACGAAGGAUUUCCGAUUCACACAUUAAACAACGGCAAACGUGGUCCAGGUCUUGUGAUAGAGUAGAACAGUCUGAAUAUGUUACAGGUUGGAGAAGCACGCAAGUAGAGUGAAUGGAACAGUGCCGACACGACCAUAUUUGUACUUCGGCAUAUCGUCACAACAGCACUCAUUAAGAUAGUGGUUCAGUGUAAUGCUAGUUGCUUUGUCAGCAUUUGUUAAAACUACUAAAAGAAGAUGGUGUUUGCAUCUUUGUUUUGUGUUUGUUAGUGUUUGGUUUGUGAAGUGUGUGUGCGGUAAACUAACAGAUAAAUACAAUACAGAUAAUACAAAUUUUAUGUCAAUGACAUAAGAAGGUUUACCGUUUCCGAACGAGCUUCCUUUAAUUAGUGAAUAGUGUCUGUAUUAUAUUUACCAUUAGCUUCAGUGAAAAAAGUUUACGCUAGGAAAUAGAAAAGUAAAAAACGGUAUCUUUCACUGCACUUCAGUCGUGAGCCGCAUUCAAAUCAUACGAAUUUGUGCCCACAAUGCACCUCACAAUCAAUAGUGCACCCUCACUCAGCAAUGGUAACGGUGCUACUGUUAGUGCAGGAAAUAUUGGCAAUGGAAACAACGCUUCAUCGACUGGAAAUAGUGGCGGCUCUGCUGGCAGUGGUGGAAGUCUAAAUGUAUGUGCUCAAAAUGGCAACAGUCACUCUGGACAACAUGAAAGCCCAGGCAAUGGAGGUUCAGUCAGCGGUGCAAAUACAGGCAGAUCCAGUAAUAAUGGCAAUGGCACCAACGGUAGAGGAGUUGGCGGAACUGGAAACGUUAGCAGUACCGCGACCAAUGGCAAUGGAUCGAGCACGGGUGCCGGUAGCGAAAGUGGCCCACCGUCGGCGGCCAGCAUCUUGAACGAUACUUACACCAAAAUGACAUCAGAUAUCCUUGCGGAGCGGACGUUGGGCGACUUUCUGUCCGAGCACCCGGGCGAGCUUAUCCGAACCGGGAGUCCUCUGUUUGUGUGCACUGUGCUGCCCCCGCACUGGCGCUCGAAUAAAACACUUCCGGUUGCGUUCAAGGUCGUCGCUCUCGGUGACGUCGGUGAUGGUACAAUGGUAACGGUGCGAGCCGGCAACGAUGAAAACUAUUGCGCCGAACUGCGUAACUGUACAGCGGUAAUGAAGAAUCAGGUUGCCAAGUUCAACGAUCUGCGAUUCGUGGGCCGAAGUGGUCGUGGAAAAAGCUUCACGCUAACUAUUACUGUAUCAACAAGUCCACCACAAGUUGCCACUUAUAACAAAGCAAUCAAAGUUACGGUAGACGGACCACGGGAACCCCGAUCGAAAACAAGACAACAGCAGCAGUUCCACUUUGCCUUUGGACAAAGACCAUUUCACUUCCCGACUGAUCCGUUGUCUAGCUUUAGGAUGCCGCCACUAGGUAAUUGUCAGAAUAUGACCCAAUUCGGUCUAAGCUCCACUAACUCUCACUGGAGCUACAGCUCAACUGGUCCAUACUCACCGUAUCUCACUUCGUGCACAACUCCAACUGCUUCCCAGUUUAACAAUCCGUCGCUUGGGUUUACGUGUAGCUCGGGUGAACAGGCUGGUGGACAGGAUUUUUCCGCUUCAGCGCGUGACUGCGUUACAAUGUUACCGGACUCAACGGCUACCGACCUGGACCAACACCUAAGCAGCCUGGUUGGGGCAACACAACAAGCCACAAGCCACAUGGUGCAAACAAAUAUAAUCUCAGGUGGAGGAGGCGUUACCAAUAACUCGAACAACACUGGUGGUAGCGGUAGUAGCGGAAACAGCUUAACUCCACAAAUUCCCGCUCACUUGUCGAAUAGUCUUAUAGUACCCCGAUACGCACAGUCAACGAGUACUAACAAUCACGUCGACGCCUACGGACUAACCAGCAAUCAAAGUGAACCUCGUAGUUUAAGUGACUCGUCGCAAGCUGAAUCUCCUGUGCAAGAUGACUUACUUACUUCCAACACACCCAACCUUGGUCCCAGCAGCGGUCCCACAACUACCACCGGUGCUGGUGACAGCAGCGGUGUAAAUGGUGGUGCUAAUGGUGGAGGAAGCAAUGGUGGGGGAGGUGGUAAUAGCAAUGGACUACAUCAAAAUUUCUCAAACAUUGUAAUGAGCCAAAGCAAUGGAGGAUCCAAUGCAUCCUCAACACCCAACUUUGUCGGUUCGAAUGGGACCAGCAGUUGUAAUGGAUCACCACUCUACCCCGUCCUCCCAGCAAGUCUACUAUACUCACAGCUAUACACAGCUGCAAACCAAUCGGUGGGAGGAUUCGGACAUGCAGUAAAUCAUCACCAUCAUAUCCAGUCCACGCACGGAGCAGUGGCAGCUGCUGUUGCCGUUGCUACUGGAGGUAGUCCGGUACAAAACAGUGCAUCAGCCGCCGCGGCAACAGCAGCAGCUGCUGCUAUGCAUGCUGGCGAACUUCAGAGUGUUAUGGACCAUCUUACGGCUGGUACUACCCAAGCUGCGGCUGUUGCGGCAGCGGCCGUGUCUCAUCGACAUCAUUACCAUCAUCAUCAGACAGGAGCAAACCUAAUUGGUGGACACGGCCAUGGAAAUCAGAGUGGUGGUGUAGCGGUCAUUACUAAUCCUGAAUUGUCGCUCAUUGGAAAUUGCAGUGCAAUGGCCCGUGGAGCUCUCGAUGAAUCAACUCAUCGAGUACUGAGUGGUGCUGGAGUUGUCGGUGGGCGAUUGAAUAGCCACUCCGAUAAUACUAGCCAGGUAGGACAGACCACCGACAAUGGGAAUUCUGUCUGGCGACCAUACUGAAACAGAACUAUCGCGAGAGUGCCCGGUAUAACCACCAAUUUUAUAUCCGAGAAAACAUUACCAUCCCCACCAUCAUUUACUCCUAUUUCAUCUUGAUCCUCAACCUAGUGCUUAUCCAAUUCCUCAAUUAUAUAAGGUUGAUCAGACUAGUUAUAAGAAAUACGUUAUUCAAAAUGUACAGGUUUGAAAUGCAAAUGCAAUGUUAGUCCUGUAAAUCAAAUAUACAUUUAAUAUAUGAAUCAGCCGUAUAUGCUUGCUGCCACGAAAAAGAGACGUGGUGAAUGGCCAAUUAGUGGCACAAUGAUAAUCAGUAUGUAAAACUUUUUACGGAUGCUCUCAGACGAUAAUUUCAAUUUCUGCCUAAAAAUCAUCCAUCUAGCAAUAUUUUUUGUCGUGGAUGGGGAAAUUGAGCAAGGUUCGUGAAGAAGGAAGCGAGUAGCAAAAUCAUCCAAUUGCAACAGGCCAGCAUGAAAAUGUUGCAAGGAAUCUUUCUACAUAACAUAUGUUUCGGCAGUGAUGUGGGAACAGAUUUGUGGUCAAAAAUCUUAUCGUUUGAGGGCAUCUAAUUGUUAUUAAUUAUGAAGCGAUUAAUUAUUAUUAAUCGCUUCUUGUAAAUAAAAAUUGGUACAAUUAUCCUGUUUAUGUCCAUACAGUUUGAUUCGUAAAAGUCUUUUUAAAAGCCUGUAGAUCUAAUUUCAUGAAACAAAUGUGUGAAUAAAUGCUAAAUUUAACCAUUAGGAUUAAUUGCCUAUUAAAGCAAGGCAUUGAGAAUAUGUCUAUCAAAUAUUAAGAAACGUGAGCUACAACAACACAAAUAUAUUUUCAAAUGCGUGUCGAUGGGAGAGCGCGUAACGCAUAUGCACGCAGUUCGUAGUAUUUUGUAUAGAAUAAUGCAUGAUACAACCUAGUUUUAUCAAAGUCAAUAAAGGAUAUGGGUCCAUUCUUUAAGUCAAUAAAA